AUGUGGGUCUACGUGAGCGAUCACAGCACGUGGGACUACGUGAGCAACCUCAGCACGUGGGGUUACGUGAGCCACCACAGCACGUGGGACUCUGUGCCCGACCACCGCAGGUGGGGCUACGUGAGCGACCACAGCACAUUGGACUACGUGCCCGACCAACGCAGCACGUGGGGCUACGUGAGCGAAUACAACACGUGGGGCUACGUGAGCAACCACAGCACGUGGGACUACGUGCGCGACCACAGCACGUGGAUCUGCGUGCGCGAUCACAGCACGUGGGGGUACGAGCGCGACCAUAGCACGUGGGGCUACGUGAGCGACCACAGCACAUGGGACUACGUGCGCGACCACAGCACGUGGGGCUGCGUGCGCGACCACAGCACAUGGGGCUACGUGCGCGACCACAGCACGUGGGGUUACGUGAGCGACCACAGUACGUGGGGCUAUGUGAGCGACCACAGCGCGUGGGGUCACUUGCGCCACCACAGUGCAUGGGGCCAUGUGAGCGACCACAGCCUGUGGGGCUAUGUGCGCCGCCACAGCGCGUGGGGUUACAUGCGCAACAACAUCACGUGGGACUACGUGCCCGACUACCGCAGCACGUGGGGCUACGUGAGCAACCACAACACGUGGGGCUACGUGCGCGACCACAGCACGUGGGGGUACGUGCGCGACCACACCACGUGGGGCUACGUGAGUGACCACAGUACAUGGGGCUACGUGAGCAACCACAGCACGUGGGACUACGUCCGCGACCACAGCACGUGCGGCUACAUGAGCGACGACAGCAUGUGGGGCUACGUGAGCGACGACAGCAUGUGGGGCUAUGUUCGCGACCAUUGCACGUGGGGCUACGUGAGCGACCACAGCACGUUGGGCUACGUGAGUGACCACAACACGUGGGACUACGUGCGCGACCACAGCACGUGGUGCUACCACGUGGGGCUACGUGAGCGACCACAGCACGUGGGCUACGGGAGUGACCACAGCACGUGGGGCUGCUUGCACGACCACAGCACGUGGGGCUACGCGAGCGACCACAGCACGUGGGACUCUGUGCCCGACCACAGCAGGUGGGGCUACGUGAGCGACCACAGCACAUUGGACUACGUGCCCAACCAACGCAGGUGGGGCUACGUGAGCGACCACAGCACGUGGGGCUAUGCGAGCGGCCACAGCACGUGGGGCUGCGUGCGCAACCACACCACGUGGAGCUACGUGCGCGACCACAGCACGUGGGACUACGUGCGCGACCACAGCAUGUGGGGCUACGUGAGCGACCACAGUACGUGGAGCUACGUGAGCGACCACAGCGCGUGGGGCCACGUGCGCGACCACAGCACGUGGGGCUAUGUGAGCAACCACAGCACGUGGGACUACAUGUGCAACCACAGCACGUAG